GUUGUCAAAAUGAGUGAAACACCUUCAACCAACUAUUCAAUGAUUCAGCCCCACAUGUCAGAGAGUGAAGAGUCUCUGUCUGCGCGCCCCUUCAAUGUCACUGAACCUGUUGUGGCCAAACGUAUCUGCUUUUACAAAAGUGGAGACCCACAGUUUAAUGGGGUCAAAAUGGUUGUUAACAGCCGAUCUUUCAAAUCGUUUGAUGCCUUGCUUGACAACCUGUCAAAAAGAGUACCACUGCCUUUUGGGGUGAGGAAUAUAACAACACCUCGAGGAAUACACAGUGUCACUAAUCUGGAAGACCUAGAAGAUGGAAAGUCAUACAUUUGCUCCCAACAGAGGAGAAUCAAGCCCAUUAACCUGGAGACGGCCAGUAAAAAGCCAUUGCCAUGGCAGAUCAGCAGGCCUAUCAGUGCUCGUCGUAGGGCUAUACAAUUAGCUCGAGAGGGUGAAGGCGGAGUGUUCCAGCGAGGUGGACCUGUCAGAAUAAGUACCCCUAAGAAGCUGCUUGUUUUUAAAAAUGGCGAUGUAAGAAUCCGACGCACGAUUGUCUUGGGGAAAAAGAACACACAAAACUUUGAGGCCCUUCUGGACCACAUCAGUGAGUUAAUGCAGUAUCCAGUUGUGAAAUUAUAUGCUACUGACGGCAGAAAGGUCCCCAGCCUUCAGGCUCUGAUACUAUGCUCUGGAGCUGUUGUGGCAGCAGGAAGAGAACCUUUCAAAGCAGGGAAUUACGAUCCGCAUAGGUAUUCAUUGCCUGGUAAACUCCCAGGGGUCUCUAAUCGUGUAUACCCCAGAACAAAUGCAGAAAAGUCAGAGGGCAGAAAAACUGAGAAAUGGAAGGUAAUAGUCCUUACUAGUGACCGACCAUCUGCAGGUACCAGCUCACAAGUUUAUAUUACAUUAUAUGGAGACCAAAGUAAUUCAGAAGCUAUUUUUCUCUAUGGAGAGGAGAAAAGGGUGUUUGAAAGAGGAAGCACUGACGCCUUCACUAUUCACACAGAAGACAUAGGAGAUCUCUACAAAAUACGGAUAGGACACAAUAACUCUGGAGAAACCCCUGCCUGGCAUAUCAAGGAGUUGCAACUGCAGAACCUUGUGACUGGGGAGCAAUUCACUUUCCCUGUUGACAGAUGGCUGGCACAAGACCAAGAUGACGGUGAAAUCUGCCAGGAGCUUCCCGUUCUGCACCAGGGUCAGCCACUUCUCCCAGUGGUAGUGUAUGAAGUGCAUGUAGUAACCGGUGAUCUAUGGAAUGCUGGGACAGAUGCUGAUGUCUACAUGUCUGUCUAUGGAGAAAAAGGUGACACAGCAUCCCGACAGUUGCAUAGGUCAAAGAAACCUAGGAAAUAUGUAAAAGGACAAACUGAUAUCUUCUCACUUGAAGCUGUGCACCUUGGAUGUUUGCAUAAGAUUGUUGUAGGACACAAUGGACUUGGUUCAGGUAAUGGUUGGUUUCUGGAGAAAAUUGUGGUCAAAGAUCCAGUCACAAAUUCAGAUUAUAACUUUGUGUGCCACAGGUGGCUAGAUCAAGGAGAAGAUGAUGGCAAAAUUGUCAGAGAACUAUAUAUUGUUGAUGACAACACCUUUCCAGGGCAACAAGAGCUGGAAAUUAAGAAAGCAGAAAUGUGGGCUGCAGAAAAGUGGAAAUUUCAGAAAGGCAACACACUUCAGUUUUACAACAAAGUGACCCGCGGCUUUAUUCGCCUCAGUCCAGAUGGGAUGGUUGAUACCCUUGGUGACAGGAAGGACAAAUAUGGUCUGUUUGAUGUGACUACCAAGAAGGGAAACACGUAUGUCUUUAAAUGUCAUCCAAUGCCACAUCUUGCCCUUGCUCUCGCACACGGCUCUGUCACUGGAAUGGACAGUGGUGACAUCCGCUGUGAGCUGCAGGUUCAUCUUCAACCAAAUCGCUCUGCAAUUCUGGAAUCUGCCCGGAAUCCAGGGCAAACUGUAACUUUCAAUCUCCAAGGCAACUCCAAGGUAGUUGAUGAUGCCACAGGUUAUGCAGGACUAACAAAGGAGUUUGUCAUUCACGUUAAGGGAGUGUUCCACAACAGUGCCAUAAUUUUGCUCACUACCAGCUACUGCCAGUCUCUCUGCCUGAGGCCUGAUGGGAGCUGCAGUGGAGCAGGAAAUCAAUCUGACGACUCUUACUGGAGAAUACAUAAAGUCAGCUCUGGGGUUUGCAUGUUUGAAAGUGUAAAAAACUCAAGAAUGUUUCUGAGGAUCAAGGAUGGCCAGUGCAAUGGAACAGGCACAGGAGACAUGGACUGCCAUUUUAAAGUGGAGAAGAAUUUGGAAAGUGGGUCUGUAAGCCUAGAAUCCAUACAAAACAGAGGGAUAUAUGUUGGCCUUCUGCCUAAUGGUCAGACAAAACCAGUUGUUCAUACUGGAGAAAGAAACAUUUUGUUUUAUCCACAGGUUAUCAAAUUUGGCAGAGAAAAGCCUACAGGAACAUCUGCAACUCCUGCUCAGCAGAAAGAAGUGAUCAGAGACUCCAAACAGCAACAAACAGGUGAAAUGAGAAAUAUCCAAGAUGGUGAAUCUCCUUUUCCUUCAGAUGAUAAAUGGAAAGUGUCAGUCCUGACAGGAAAUUCAGGAACCCAAGCAAAUGUCACUCUCUGGAUAUAUGGAGACAAAGAGAUUGCUGGACCAAUAAGUCUUGGCAAGGACAACAGAGAACAGCUGUUUCUACCAAGGAUGGAGGACACAUUUCAGGUUGAAAUUAAGAAUAUUGGAAAGAUCUAUAAAAUCAGAAUAGGACACGAUGGAACAAGCAAACAGCCAGAAUGGAUGUUGGAAAAGGUGACACUACAACACAUUAAGAGUGGAAAAAUUCUGAAUUUCCCUGCAAACAAAUGGUUGUCAAGGACUCGAGGGAACGGAGAUACCUUAUGUGAACUUCCAGUAGUAGAAAAAGGAAGAAGCCUUUACUCAAUUGUGAAUUACCAGGUUUAUGUGUACACGGGUCACUUGGAGCAAGCUGAAACAGAUGCUUCAAUUUAUUUGUGCAUCUAUGGAGAAAGAGGAGAUUCAGGUCUCAGACUUCUUCACAAAUCUGACACAUCCAUGAAAUUUCAGAGAGGAAUGGUUGACAUGUUUGAAAUACAAGCCGUGUCUCUUGGAAAUCUAAAAAAGGUGCUGUUGUGCUGCAAGGCUGAUAACAAGUCACAGUAUUGGUACUGUGAGAAAGUAAUCAUCAGAGAAGCUGAGAAAAAUGUGGAAUAUAUUUUCAGUUGUGAAAGGUGGUUGCCAUUUGUGUCUCAAGGAAAAAUUCAUUCAGAAAUAGAGCUCUUCCUUCAAGAAAUGCAAAUAAAUCGUCAGUCAAAAAUGCAAGAGGAAAAAAAUGGAGGAGAUUGGAAAAUCACUGUAGUCACUGGAGGUUUUGAAACAGCUGGCACAACAGCAACUGUGUCCCUUUAUGUUUACGGAGAAAACAAGGCUUCUGGUCCACUUAUUCUGGGAUCGGGGAAACACCAGCUGUUCAACCGCAACAAUAUAGAUACAUUCAAGAUCAAUCUAAGAGACAUUGGAGAAAUGUAUAAAAUACGGAUUGGCCAUGACAACAGUGGACCUGAUCCUAGUUGGUACAUAAAUCAGAUUAGACUUCAAAGAAUAAACUCACCAUCAGAGCAAGAAAUAUGUUUUCCUCUAAACUGCUGGCUAGCAGAAGACCAAGGUGAUGGAGACACAUGGAGAGAAAUACCAAUCAGGAGUUCUGAAAAAGGACUUCUGCCAUUAAUGUCCUAUCAGAUCCAUGUAUAUACUGGAUCCAACUCUGGGGCAGAAACUAAUUCCAGUGUUUACAUCACCAUCUUUGGAAGCAGAGGAGAUUCUGGAAAACGAAAACUUCAUAAGGCAAUUAAUAAUAAAGUCAGUUUUCAGCGUGGUCAGACUGAUGUGUUCUGUAUAACAGCUGUAUCACUUGGAGUUCUGAAUAAAAUUCUCAUUAGCCAUGAUGGAAAUGGUCCAGGCAGUGGAUGGUUCCUUCGAAAGAUCGACAUCUCAUUUCAAGAGGGAGAGGAUGCUGAAGAAGUAAUUGAGUUUCCCUGUGAUAGAUGGUUAGAUGAAUACCAAGAUGAUGGGAAGACGGAGAGAGAGCUAAUUGCCAGAAGUAAUGGCUCUACACCUUUACUGAAAGCUAAAGGACAGUGGAAAGUGCUGGUUAAAACUGCUCAAGAUUCCCCAGAGCCACGAGAGUGUAAAAGGACCCUUGUGAUUUAUGGCUCAGAGGGCAAAAGUGAUGAUCUUCUCCUGUCUCCACAACACGCAGGAUCUGUGUGUUUUCAACCAGGAGCCACUGAUGAAUUUCUUAUUGAAUCUGGAGAUGUUGGAGAUGUGUACAAGAUUCGGGUCAGCUGUGAUGAUUUGUCGGGCUUUGAGAGCUGGCAUUUGAAGUCUUUUCAGAUGGAAGAGCGAGGCACUAAUCAAGAGGUGAACUUUGACUGUAGCUGCUGGUUCUCUCUCCGCAGAGAACACCAAGAACUGGUGAAAGAAUUCCCUGCAGUGAAUAAGAACCAGAAACCUUUACCAGUGUAUAAAUAUAUCAUUUCUGUGCACAUUGGAGAUCUCUGGGGAGCAGAAACAUUCUCAAACCUCUACAUAACUCUUUAUGGUGAAAGAGGAGACACAGGUGUCAGAAAACUGCAACAUUCCCUCAUGGCAGGAGAAAAAUUUCAGAGGAACAAGGUGGACUCUUUUGUAGUGGAGUCCGUCUCCUUAAGCCAUUUGAAAAAGAUAGUUGUGGGACAUGAUGGGGACGGCUAUGGAGCUGGACUAUACCUCAAGAUGAUAACAGUUAAGAAGUCAGAAGACUCAGAUAAAGAAUGGCUCUUCCCAUGUUGGAAAUGGCUGGAUACUCAUAUGGGAAUCUGUGGCACAGUUUGUGAGGUUAAAACAAUAGGUAAAAGAUUGACUUCUUGUUCAAAAGAUCAAAUCAACACAAAGUCCUCAGGUCUAUGGAUAAUGGAUAUCACUGGGUCUGACACAAGCACUGAAAUUGAUCCUAUUCAACUUACCUUCUGCUUCUAUGGAGAUAAUGACUGCAAAAAGUUGGCACUUCAGAUUUCAGGACACGCAACACAAAUCAAAGAUGAGCUGACAAACAUUGGAUCCCUUUACAAGAUUCAGGUAUCUGGUCCUCAUAAUCAGCUAAAAGAGCCCUGGUAUUUUUCUGUGCUGCAUAUGAAGCAUACCAGCACCAACCAAGAGAUGUGGUUAGCUUUUGACUGUUGGUUCACACCAAAUGAAGAGAAAUACGUUGAACUUCCAGCAUUCUGCGCAGACAAGGAUCCUUUGCCUGUGGUGGAAUAUUCCAUUCAUGUACACACUGGAGACAGAAAGAAGGCUGAUACCAGUGGAGAGGCUUAUCUUUGCAUUCAAGGAGACAGGGGUGACUCUGGGAAACAAUGGCUUCCUGAUUCAAAAGGGGGCCCAGUCUCUUUUGGGCGAGGACAGGUGGAUGUUUUCAGAAUCAAAGCAGUGCACCUUGGGAAGCUGAACCAAGUUCUUGUAGGAUUUAAAAGUUUGAAAAAAGAUGACUGGUUCCUAGAAAAGAUUGUCAUAAAGGAAGAAUGUUAUCCUUUUACCACAUAUACCUUUGUUUACAACAAUUGGAUCAAUAAACAUUCAAAGAAAGAUUUUACAGAACUUGUAAUUCCACUGCAAGAAAUAACAGCAAUCACUGGUCUAAUGGAAGAUUUUGAUGCUAGAAGCCAAGGACAAUGGAGAAUGUGGAUGGAUUGUGCCAAUGUUCCAGAAAAAAAUCCUGAUAUUAAUGUGCUUGUGUAUGGAACCAAUGGGAUGUCGCUUUCACAGAGAGUACAAAAUAUAAACAAUGAACCAUUUAUGUUGAGUGUCGGUGAUAUUGGCAAAAUAAUAAAGGUUUCCUUUAUGUUAUCCAGCCAAAGUUUGAAUAGCGGGAUCAAACUUCUCAAGCUCCGGAUGAAAGAUUGUGAUACAAAAGAAGAGCUGGGCUUUCACCCUAUAAACCAAUGGCUCUUUGAAAAAGAUGGGUCAGAGACUGUGGCAGAGCUAGCUGCAGUCAGACCAAAUGAAGCCCCACUUAAGGAAGUUACCUACUCUGUCAGUGUCCACACGGGAACAUUACCAGCAUCAGCAACAGAUGCUGACAUCUUUAUUACAAUAUUUGGGGAGAAUGGAGAUUGUUCCAAAAGAAAACUUAGGCAUUCCAAGUCAUGUGCCCACCUUGAAAAGGGCGAGGUGAGUUCCUUCAGAGUCCGAGCUAUAGAUCUAGGGACAUUAAACAAAGUGCUUGUGGAACAUAACAGAUUUGGUUAUGGAGCUGGCUGGUAUCUUGACCGAAUCAUUAUACAAGAAUCAGAGAAGGCUGAUGGCUGCUACAUAUUCUCAUGCCAGAACUGGUUGGACAGUGGAGUUGAUGAUGGAAAGGUAAAGCAAGAACUGCAACUUCUUGGAAAAGUCAGGAAAGAGAGGCUGACAGAAAACAUUCAUGGGAUUUGGGAUGUCAUUGUUAUGUCCAGGGACAUUUCAAGCAAUGGCAUGAACCCUAAGCUGACUGUGGUGGCUUGUGAUGACAAAGGUGCAUCAGCUUUAGUCUGCAUCCCCAAAGGAUCAUUUAAGAGGACUGAAGCUUAUCAGGCAUCAUUGGAGCUGGAUAAGAAGUUUAGUAUGAUAUGUAAAGUUCGCUUGGAAGUGGAAGACACAGAUGGGGAAGCCUGGCACUGCCGUGAGGUGAAGCUUCAGCACAGGAAAAGUAAAGAAAUCCUAGAAUUCCCGUGUCUUCAAGAUUUCCCAGAUGCCGAAGGAUGCAUGAUGGCUGAAUUUCCAAUUCUUAUGGAUGGCUGCAGGUUUUUAACAGUUAAACAGUAUGUUCUAUACAUCUCAACGGAUUCAUCCCCGGAAUCAGGAACAGAUGCAGAUGUGUACAUCACUUUGAGAGGAUCAAUGGGAGACACGGGCAGAAGGAAAUUAGCUAGAAAUCGGGAGGACAUUUUCACCAAAGGGAAGGUGGAUGUUUUUCAAGUGAAAGCAGUAGAUAUCGGAACUCUGCAUGAGCUUGUUGUGGAAAAAGGAAAAGGCUUGGAUUGGCACCUUGAGAAGAUUAUUGUGAAAGAGCCAAAGUUUGCUGGAAGGGAGAUACUGUUUAUGGCUCAAACAUGGCUAAGAGACAGAACUGAUAGGAAAAGAAGUGCCUCAGUAACUCUGAAUGUUACAGAAAUACAGGAAAGCAAAAGCACAGCUGCUAAACUGCUACAAAAUCAGGAAAUGAAAUCAGAAGGUUCAUGGAAGCUUUAUUUCACUAAAUGUCAUGAAGAUUCAUCAAAACAAUUUGAGAAGUCUUGGAAAAACAUUUCUAAACUGAUCAUGGUAUUUUAUGGAAAUAAUGGAAAAUCAGAACCAAUUUCCUUGGACAAUAAAUUACAAGAUCAAGCUGAGGAUCACGCAAUUUACAAUGUACAUUUCCCAUCUGAUCUGGGAAUGCUCUAUAAAGUGAAGUUUGGGCUUCAUCACUUGGGAGAAAGCAUAUCCCAGUUGUUUCAUCACUGUAAAAUGCAGAACACUGUAACCCUGGAUACCUUUAGUCUCUCUAUCAAUAAAACACUUCCUCUUCUUAAUGGAGACCGAUGGAUUGAGCUCCCUAUAGAGUGGCCAUUAAGGGAAGCACUUUCUGUGGUUACAUAUAAUGUAAAAGUUGUCUCCAGUGAUAUUUUGAGCAUAAGAGACUUAGUAUAUCUGUCUUUGUGCAUAUAUGGAAGCAAUGGAGACACUGAAGACAGACCCCUUUUGUUGUCAUUGCCUUCUGUGAUCGAGCAAGGAGAAGACAAGGAGUCGUGUACAGGUCAGAUAGAUGCUGUGGAUCUGGGAGAACUGCACAAAGUUACACUUCUCAUUGGAAGCAAAUCAUCCUGCAAACUGAUUUUAAAAGCAUUACACUUGAAAGAAGCUCCAAAGCAAGAGCCUGUCUACAUAUUUGAAGUGAAUGAAACAUUCCUUUUGGAUGCCAAUGAACCUGAGAUAAGGAAAGAAAUCCCUCUAUCUCUGAUUUCCAAGGAAGAUGGUGGACUGGGGAAUCUGGUAGAACAUAUUAUUAAAGUAUACACAGGUGACAAGAGAGGAGCAGGAACUGAUGCCAAUGUGCAUAUAACUUUGUAUGGAGAGAAGUAUUCAUCUCAAUUAAUUCAACUCAAUCAAUCUCUUGAUCAUCGAGAUCCCUUUGAAAGAGGAAAGACUGACACAUUCAGAAUUGAGACAAAGGAACUUGGAAGGCUGCAGAAAAUUGAAAUUGGACAUGAUGGGAAAGGUUUUGGUAAUGGUUGGUUUCUGGAAAAAGUAGAAAUCACAGAUGUGUCUACAAGCGAACAGUAUUGCUUCAGUUGCAACCGGUGGCUGGCUGAAGAUGAAAAUGAUGGUCGUACUGUGGUGCAGCUUUAUGCAUAAUUAUGCUUUUAGGAAAUCCUACUUAAACAUGCUUCUGCCUCAACACCAAGCUGAUCUGAUUUAUUUGUAUGUCUUCACUAAUUGUCAAAGAACUAUAUUAAUCAUGAAGAAAUAUCAAAAGGAUAUAUCACUUUUAAAAACUCAAACAAGAUUAUUAGCUAUGAAUUCUGAAUGCCUUUAUAAAAACAUAGAAUAAAGCCGAGAUUG